AUGAGAGAGUAUAAGCUUGUUGUAUUAGGUUCUGGUGGUGUUGGCAAGUCCGCUUUGACAGUUCAAUUUGUCCAGUCAAUCUUUGUCGAAAAAUAUGAUCCUACAAUCGAAGACUCUUAUAGAAAACAAGUAGAAGUGGAUGGACAACAAUGUAUGCUUGAAAUUCUGGAUACAGCAGGUACAGAGCAAUUUACAGCCAUGCGCGAUCUCUACAUGAAAAAUGGCCAGGGUUUCGUCCUUGUGUUCUCCAUCACAAGUCAAGUUACUUUGACCGACCUUCACGAGAUUAGGGAGCAGAUAUUACGAGUCAAAGGCACAGAAAAUGUGCCCAUGGUCUUGGUUGGUAAUAAAUGCGAUUUGGAAAACGAAAGAAUGGUGCCUAGAGAAAAGGGCAUGGCUUUAUCGCAACAAUGGGGAGGAAAGCCGUUUUACGAAACAUCAGCGAGAUUCAAAAUCAACGUCGAUGAAGUAUUCUACGAUGUAGUUAGACAGAUUAACAAGCAAAAUCCAUCAAAAGAAAAGAGCAAGAAAAAGUUUAAAUGUCUCAUUUUGUAA